GGCACCCCUGCGGAGCUCCGUGUUUGUUUUAGGGCCGGCCGAGCCCAAUCAGGGCCGGCUGCCUGCACUUUUCCGGCAGGGCUGCGAGAGGCGCCUCCUCCUCUCUCCUUUUUAUACAUCGAGCCGCCCGCCGCCGCCGCCGGACUCGCCGCCGCCGCUCGCCCCCCUCGGCACCGGAUUUACCUCCCGAGGAACCGGCCCCAUGAGGGCCACCGGCAGCAGCGGCUAGAAGGGGACCUGGAUGGCCGUGGCUGAAGGCGGCUGGUGCGUGCUGAAGCGGGGCGCUGCGGACUCCGGCGCUUCCUCCUGCCCCUUCGCGGCCAGCGAGCCGGGCCCGUCUCCUCCUUCGCCUUCCUCCUCCUCCUCCUCCUCCUCCUCCUCCUCCUGCGGCGGCUCCCAGGGCGAGCGCAGCUCCUCCGAGACUCCCGACGGCGGCCCCCGGCCCGCCCCGCCGCUCGCCCCGUCGCUGCCCUCGGGGGUCCCGCAGCCCGCCGGCCCGCCCGGCUGGGAGGACGUCCUGCUCCUGGCGGAUUUCGAGCGAGCCACCAAGCUGAUCUGGGCCAGCCGCGGCGCCAAGCCCAGCGCCGCCGGCUCCGAGCAGCCCGAGGAGAUGUACCAGACCUUGGCCAUCUCGGCCGCGCAGGGCCCCGCGCCCUACGACGGAUCCCCGGGCGGCUUCAUGCACUCCUCGCCCGGCUCGCCCGUCUACGUGCCCACGACCCGCGUGGGCUCCAUGCUGCCCACGCUGCCCUACCUGCAGGGCAGCGGGGCGGCUCAGCCCAGCCACCCGGGGGGCGGCCACGCCGUCUGGUCGCAGCCGGCGGCCGAGAGCCCCUCGUACGGAGCCGGCGGCGGCUCGCACCCCUCGGGCCGCUUCCCCUACUCGCCCAGCCCUCCGGUGGCCAACGGGGCUUCCAGGGAGCCCGGAGCCUACGGCAACAGCCUGGGCGCCCGGGACCAGUACAGCCCGCUGGCUCGGCCCCUCAACGGCUCCUACCCGGCGCCCUACACGUCCUACGUGGGGCCGCAGCUCACCCCCGCCUGGCCCACGGCGCCCUUCGAGAACUCCAUGCUGCACUGCCUGCAGGGCCGGGCCGCCCCCAUCCCCGUCCGGGCCCCCAGCGCAGAGCUGCUGGAGGACCUGUCCGAGAGCCGCGAGUGCGUCAACUGCGGCUCCAUCCAGACCCCGCUGUGGAGGAGAGACGGCACCGGCAACUACCUGUGCAACGCCUGCGGGCUCUACACCAAAAUGAAUGGCCUCAGCCGGCCCCUCAUCAAGCCCCAGAAGAGAGUGCCCUCCUCAAGGCGGCUCGGCCUGUCCUGCGCCAACUGCCACACCACCACCACCACCCUGUGGCGCAGGAACGCCGAGGGUGAGCCCGUCUGCAAUGCCUGUGGCCUCUACAUGAAGCUUCACGGGGUUCCUCGACCCCUUGCUAUGAAAAAAGAAGGAAUUCAAACCAGGAAGCGAAAACCUAAGAACAUAAAUAAGUCAAAGGCAUGCUCUGAUCCCGAUCUUUCAGGUAACAGUACUACUGCAGUUCCUAUGACUCCAACAUCCACGUCUUCUACAAACUCAGACGACUGUAGCAAAAACGCUUCCCCAAGCACACAACCGUCAGCUUCAGGGGCGAGCUCGUCAGUGAUGUCUGGCCCAGGAGAGAGCACCAGUCCUGAAAGCAGCAACCUUAAGUAUUCAGGUCAAGACGGGCUGUACACAGGAGUCAGCCUGACCUCCACAGCCGAGGUGACAGCGUCCGUGAGACAGGAUCCCUGGUGUGCUCUGGCUCUGGCGUGACCCGGUGCCAGCCAAGCUGGAUCCUGGAGCUGUGUGGCAGCCCCCAGACAUCCGCGCGGGGUUUCUUUUUCUCUGGAGCGGCAGUGGCAGCAGCGAGAGUGCUGGCAAGGGACGCUCCUCUGAAUUUGUUUCCGUGCCUUGGUGGCAGAGGCGGCUUCCAGCCCUCCCAAAGAGGCUCUGCUGAAGCAUCCUGUUCCUCAUCUAUGCAAGAAAACUAUAGGGAAAGCAAAUGCCCACCGGGGGAUAGCUAAUGCAGCCUUACACACCUAAAAAAAAAAGAAAAAAAGAAAAUGGGAAAAAAAAAAGAAACUUAGAACUAUCGAUAGAUUCCAGAAUUACAUCCUCAACUCACACAGCAGUGCUGCCUUUCUGAUUGUAUAUUUGUUUUCACUCUCUUAUCACCUUCUCCCCCAAGAACUGAUGGAUGCCAUCAGCAUUGGGGAGGGAGUAGCAGAGGCUUGAGUCAUUAGACAUAGCCAGAUACUUUCUGAAGAGCGCUGGAAGCAUGUACGUACUGCUUGAGUCAGCACAGGCGCCCCGAACUGGACAUUUGACGUCUUCAUCUGUCCUGCACCCUCCAAUGCCAGCGCCCGCGUUGCUCUGCUCCUCUGUGCCAGAGCCCAGCUACACCCGGGGAGGAAAUCACAGCCUUUGGUACAAGCCUCACGGGGUUAAGGAGAUUUUGUUGUUGUUUUAAGAUAUUUACUCACUUUGCAAGACUGCAUUAUAACUUUUGAAGUACACUGUGACUGAGGUUUAUGAAAGUUCAUAUUUUGCGGCUGAACUGUAUAGAGUCAGUCAAAAUUUGUAAACAGGGUAGCAAUCAGAUAUUUUUCUUCCAUAUAUACAAUAAUUUUUUAAAGAAGUGCAAUUUGCGUUGCAGCAAUCAGUGUUAAAUCAUUUGCAUAAGAUUUAACAACGGUUUUUAUACGAAUGAAUGAAUGUAAACAUUUUAACUUAAUGGUACGUAAAUAAUUUAAAAGAAAAACUUAACUAGGCAUCCUUAGGCUUUUUAGUGCAACAAAAAAACAUCCACUUUCUGUAUUUCCAGUUGUUAAAGCAAGAGUUUCAAAGAACAAGCCUUCUCUCAGGAAAAUUGCCGUAGCCAUUUGCUCAUAAGUUUUGUACAAAAAAAGCAAAUGCAUCCCCAGGUUGUUGUUUUUUUGUUUGUUUAUUUUUUGUUUUUCUUUUUUUUUUCUUUUUUUUUCUUUUUUUUGCCAUUGAAUAAGUAUGUGCUGGAAAGAAACAAAUUGCAAUGAAAAUUUACUACCUAACUGAUACAUAUGUAUAUACUCCAUGAGAUAUUUAGGCAUCUUCAAAAUUUAGGAUGCAAUCUGUAUAGUGUGGCUAACGCAUAGUUAGGUUGGUUUCCAUUGUUUUUCAAAUGGGAUGUCAUUUGGAAAGUUGUUUCAUCAGAGCUUUACAAAUAAAAGGGUAUCAUUUGUGUUUUUUUUUUUUUUCUGUA